AUGCCUCCGAAUUUCUUCCAGAAGCCGGAAACGGCGCUGAAGCGAGCGCAAGAGCUCAUCUCGGUGGGCAAGGAGCAGGAUGCGCUCGAUACGCUGCACGACACGAUCAAGUCCAAGCGUCACAAGCAAUGGACAAAAACGCACGAAGCAAUAAUGCUGAAGCACAUGGAGCUGUGUGUUUCGCUACGGCAGCCGCAUAAGGCCAAAGAUGCCCUGUUCCAGUACAAAACACUCACCCAGCAGGUAGCGAUUAAAUCUCUGGAAACGGUAAUCCAUAAAUUUCUGGAGCUUGCGCAACAAAAAACCGAGGAAGCACAGAAGACGUCGAUUGAGAAGGUCGAAGAGAUCGAUGACUUGGAUCAGGCCGACGCUCCUGAAAAUCUGUUGCUAUCGGCCGUAUCGGGCGAUGCGGCGCAGGACCGGAUGGAUCGAACUGUAUUAAGUCCAUGGUUACGUUUCCUUUGGGAUUCCUAUCGCAAUUGCCUGGAUUUACUACGAAACACUGCUGUGGUUGAGCACUUGUAUCAUCGCAUCGCACGACAGUCUUUUGAGUUUUGCGCCAAAUAUCAACGGCGUACGGAAUUUCGUAAAUUAUGUGACAACCUUCGGCUGCAUCUCACGCAGAUCCAGAAACACCAGCAUUUGGCGCAUGUUGUGAAACUGACAAGCGCAGAAUCGCUAACCUUAAUGCAGGACACACGACUAAUUCAGUUGGACACGGCCAUACAGAUGGAAUUGUGGCAGGAAGCAUACAGAAGUGCGGAAGAUGUGCAUGGCAUGAUGCAGUUGAGCAAGGAUAAGGAUAAACGCAUGGUGAAGCCAGCAAGCUAUGUUAAUUACUACGAUAAGCUUGCGCUUGUUUUCUGGAAGGCCGGUAAUCGACUAUUCCAUGCAGCUGCUCUUCUCCAAAAAUACAUCAUUUAUAAGGAUAUGAAGAAGACAUUCAGCAUGGAGGAAGCAAUGGAUCAGGCCACUCGUGUGCUUCUGGCCACAUUGUCGGUGCCGGAUGGCGCCGAUAAUCCAUCUGAUCUGACUCGACAUCUGGAUAUCGAAGAGCAGCAUACUGCAAAUAUGCGGCUGUUAUCCAAUCUUCUUCGCUUGCCAAUUGCGCCAACACGAGCUGGCAUUCUCAGAGAAAUAACGCGCUUAAAUCUUCCAGAUGUUGCCGUGGAGAGUGCACGUAAUCUGCAUCGGUAA